AUGUGCCUCGAAAUACGUGAUUAUUCUCGAUCUUUCUCUACUAGAGAAGCUGCUCAAAUUUCUCUCAUUCAUAUUUUCUUCAACUUUACUUUUUCAAUUGUUCUCGUAAAAAUAAUAAAAUUUCCUGUAUAUUUACUUUUUUGGGAAGUUGUGCCCGAAGAGUGUUUCCCACAAAUAUUUGCCGUUCGGAAUCUAGUACUGUUAUUGAUUGCCACUCUCCCAGUGAUUUCACUCCAAAGUUCUUUUGAUGGGUUGCCAGAAGAAAUCCAAGAAAUGAUUCUCAUGAUUGCCGGUGAAAAUACAAAAAGGGGAGUUCUUUUAUAUAUACGAUUGCUCGAAAAAAUCAAAUGUGGUAUAUUUUUCCAAUUACUCGGCUGGCCAGUCAUCUGGAUUUAUUUGACAAAAUUCAAGGCAACAACAAGUGCUUAUAAAGUCUUCAAAAUCAUUGCACUCAUUGGAUUUGUGGAGAUUACAGAAGGUUACGUUCAAUGGCUUCUAGGAACCUUACUGGUAAUAUUUCUAGGACUCCAACGCAUUGUAGAUUUAACCAAAAAAGGAGAGUUCCUAUUAAAUACAAAAUCCAAAUGUGUUUUCUGGAUCGCAAUCAUGAUAGGAUAUUCUAUCUACGGCAGUUUUUUCUUCGACACUCUACUAUUCAACUCCGAGUUCAAAGCUCCAAUGCUUGAUCCUAUGAUCGGAAUCCCAGAAAUUGAAUAUUCAAAUACGUUUCUCCGUGUUCACAACAUUGCAGUUUCUGCUGUUAUUGUUAUCACUUACUCCAAUCUUGUUAUCAUUCAUGCCUUCUACAAAUGCCGAAUUUCAUCUAACUAUACAACGAACUUUCAGAAGAAGAGAUACCGCUUGAUUUCAGAUCCUUAUCCAGUCACUUUGUGUUUCCUCUACUUAUGUGAUCCCUGCUCUCUGCUUUGUGUCCAUAAUUUGAAAACAGAAUUUCAAAAAAUUUCGGAACCACCAUGUUCAAGCAGAAAAAAAUUUGAAAACAGAAUUUUAAAAAAUUUCGAAACCGCCAAGUUCAAGCAGAAAAAGUAUACCAUUCGUGAUGUACUUUUGUACAAGUCAGACUGUUCGUAA